GGGGAAAAUGACGUUCCCGUGUUUUGUUUUGAGUCCGGUUCGAUAAGAAAUCAUGGAAGAGCAAGUGGAUUUUGUUCUGGAUAAAGUCAUGGAGGAGGCCGGCAACGUUGGUUGCGUAUUGGCGAACAACCAAGGACUUUGUCUUGGCACGAGAGGAGUAGGAUCAGAACAUUCCGCUGGCAUCAUCGUGGCGAUUUUGGAUUUGGCCUCAAAGCUGGACCCCAAAUGCAAUGUCCCAGUCGUCUCGUUGGAGUCAAAUGAAAGGAUCUGCUUAAUUCACAAGCAGGGCGUAACGGGUGCAAUCAUUAAGCAGAAAUAAAUUAACAACCCACUAGGAACUUCCUCACUCAGUUUGCUAGUUCUUACGUUAAAUAAUAAAUCAGUUAUCCCCCAAUUCGAUGAUCAAACAAACAAUUUUAUACUACA